GCCCGCGACUUCCAGUGACCCAGCCACAGAGGAACAGCUAAACAAAUUAAGAGCGACACCGGAGCAAGUUACAUACAGACAGCUUCAGCUUGGAAGUUGGAAGUUAUCCCCUUUAUAAGCAGUUUCAGCGACAGGGAGUGGUAAACGGUAUUAUGCCGGAAGAAAUGGUGUUCUGCGGCACGGCCAGCUUCAAGGACGUUGACAAGGACGAGCUGCCGAGCGGCGGAGGCAAGCAGACGCAGAGGAAGGAGAAGAAGAAGCCGGCCGCCGGCGCCGGGAAGAAGGAGAACCCGUACGCGUCGCGCGGGCUCGACAAGUUCUCCAUGGUGCUCGCGGAGCUCGAGUCACGGCGGGAGAAGGUCCUGCGCCGCGUCGACGGCGACGACCACGUCAUGGUCCGGUUCGUGCAGUCCGAGACCAAGGGCUGGGUGCCCAUCGUCGUCAAGCUGCCCACGGAGGAGCCCGCCGCCAAGGCCGAGCCCAAGAAGAAGUGCAAGUGCAAGCCGGCCGUGCGGUCCACGCCUCCGCCCACGCAGCCGUCGUCGCCGCCGACGGAGUCCACGUCCACCAGCCCGAGAGGAGACGACGCCAUCAUGCACGUCGCGGCUGCGAUGGCGACGGCGCCGGCGAAGAAGAAGGCUUCGGCCGCCGGGAGGUGGCCGUGGGGGAACAAGGCGAUUAGGCCGAGCCAGUACUGGCCUUUCGUGGCUGUGCUGCUGCUGCUGAGCCUGGUGGUCUUCGGAAGGAUGUUCGCCAUCUGCUGCACCUCCAUCUGGUGGUACCUCGUGCCGAUCUUGAACGGCGACGAUGAAGGCCAGAGCGUGCUGAGGAGACCCAUGGCCAUGGGGAAGACCGGCAGGCAUCUCGGCAAGAAGGCGAGCGACAAGAAGAUCGGCGAGAAGAUUACUUGGGCGUCAUUGCCCCCGUCACAUGGCAAGAAGAGUAGUAGCUCCGGCGACCAUGAGAUGAUUUCGCCAAGAAGAUCACAUGGCAAGAAAAUCAGUAGCUCCGGCGACCAUGAGAUGAUUUCGCCAAGAAGAUCACAUAGCAAGAAAAGCAGUAGCUCCGACGACCAUGAGGUGAUUUCGCCUACAAGCCAUGCACAUGGGAAGAAAGGGUAAUUCGCACUUACAGAUGAUGGUCGUGUUGUAAAUAGUCGUCAAACAGGGUGGCCAGAAAGAUCAAAUUUCAGAUUUUUUUUUCUUUCCUACCGUUCUUCGGUUUUUGUUAUUCUUUUUCUCGAAGGAAAAAGGAGCUGAUUGUAGAUUUAUAAUGGAAGUGUCCAUGUACACCAAAUCAGCCCCUUCAUGUGUGGCUACUCAAACAAAGUGUUCACCGAAUUCGGGCAACAUGCACAACCAUUUUAGGUA